AUGUUAAAAUUUGCCACAAUUUUAUUAUGCGUUUGCUUAUUUCGAGGUGUAAUUGGGCAAUCCAUAUCGUCAGGAAAGUGCCCUCAAGUUAAGGUGCAAGACAAUUUUGACAUCGAAAAGUAUGUGGGUAGAUGGUACGAACAAGAGAGGCUGUUUUUCGCCUUCGAGUUGGACCAGAAAUGCGUGACCGCCGAGUACACUCUACAGCAGGACGGUUCCGUGCAGGUCAACAAUACCGGAUACGUCAAAUUAGAGCGUAAAUUCUCCACGAGUUUAGGAAAUGCUAAAGCCGAGGAUCCGAAAGUACCAGCUAAGUUGGGAGUUAAGUUCUUUCCAGAACAACCUCGCGGUGACUACUGGGUGUUGUCGACAGACUACACCAGCUAUACGGUCAUCUGGUCCUGUGGCCCAAUCACUGGUGUCGACGCCAAUAUACAGUUGGGUUGGAUUUUGACGCGAGAAUCCGCGGGGUUGUCAGCUUCCAAGAUGGCUGAGAUUCACGCCCUUCUGGACGGGUUUGGCAUCGACGUCAAUAAAUACAAAACUACUGAACAAAACUGUAACGAGUCAUAA